CAUUAUUCAGGAGUUAGAUUUUGGUAUCUGAGAAAAAAAAAAGGCAGAGUUUCUUGUCAUGGAUAGAAAUUCAGUUACUGAGCCUCUUAUCUUGACUGAUGGGCUUGAUCUCGCUUAUGUUAACAAGCCAUCCCUCUUUGUAUCUUUCGCAAAAUAUACUCUAAAGAUUGUAAUGUGGUUCCUUUUCCUUGCAUGGGUUUUACUCAUCUAUCUUUAUCCAGGAGAAUUUGGUAAUCAGUUGGUUGGGAAAUUGAUUCAGGCCACCGAUGGAACUGUUUUUGGGAUAACAGGAAGUUUAUUCUUGGUAUUCAGUGGUCCUAUUAUUAUAAUUGCAUGUCUUGGUGUAGCACAUCUUAUUUUAUCGGGGGAAGAGCUGUUCCAAAAGAAGAGCUCAAAACAUCCCAGGUUUCGCUUGUGGACAUUCCCUGUUCUUGUAGAUGGGCCAUUUGGGGUUGUCUCCGCUGCUGAGUUUCUAGGAAUUCUGCUUUUUGUUCUGUUUAUCAUUUGGGCUGUGUAUGCCUACACCUUGCGGAAUCUCAACCUCAUAUCCUUGUUCCAGUUGCCUUCUAAAGAGAAAUGUAUAUUGUUGUUGGAACUCUCAGGGCUCCGAUUUGGUAUGAUAGGACAACUUUGCUUAGCGUUUCUGUUCCUUCCAAUUGCAAGAGGUUCAGUCCUUCUUCGCCUCGUUGAUAUCCCUUUUGAGCAUGCCACAAGAUAUCAUGUAUGGUUGGGGCAUCUCACCAUGUUGCUUUUCACCCUCCAUGGGCUAUUCUAUGUAAUUGGUUGGGCAAUGGAAGGGCACCUCCUAGCUGAAUUAUUGGAGUGGAAGAAUAUUGGUGUUGCUAAUCUCGCAGGGGUAAUCAGCCUUUUAGCUGGUUUGUUGAUGUGGUUUACAUCCUUUCAUCCUGUGAGGAGGAACUACUUUGAGUUAUUCUUCUACACACAUCAACUGUAUAUAGUCUUUGUUGUCUUCUUGGCAUUGCAUGUUGGUGAUUUCGUUUUCAGCAUUGCUGCUGGAGGAAUAUUUCUGUUUGUGCUUGAUCGCUUUCUGAGGUUCUGCCAAUCACGAAGAACAGUGGAUAUACUUUCAGCAAAGUGCCUUCCAUGUGGAACUGUGGAAUUGAUCCUCUCAAAACCUGGAAAUUUGAGAUACAACGCACUCAGUUUCAUCUUCCUCCAAGUUCGGGAAUUAUCUUGGCUGCAGUGGCAUCCUUUCAGUGUUUCAUCUAGUCCUCUAGAUGGUAAAUACCAUCUAUCUAUUCUCAUAAAGGUUCUUGGAGGAUGGACAGCAAAGCUAAGGGAAAGCAUCUUGAAUAUGUCUGAGGCAGAACCAAAAAUAGAGCCUACUCAGCUCCAAAGGAAGAUAACAGCUUCUGUAGAGGGCCCCUACGGGCAUGAAUUACCAUACUACUUGAUGUAUGACAACCUGGUUUUAGUGGCAGGAGGCAUUGGAAUUUCACCCUUCUUGGCCAUCCUAAGUGAUAUCUUCCAUCGUGUCAGGGAUGGAAGGGCUUGUCUCUCAGUUCCAAGAAACGUUUUUAUUGUCUGGGCAGUGAAGAGAUCAGACGAGCUUCAACUUCUUUCAACUAUUGUUGUGGAGUCAAUUUCUCCAUUAUUUUCUAACAAAUUAAGUCUUGAGAUUCAUAUUUAUGUUACUAGAGAAUCUGAGCCCUCAUUGGAAGAAGGUAAGGUGCAUGAGGCUCUGAACUCGUCUGGCUGCCCUAUGUCCAAUUGUGGUAUGUCAGUUCUGGUUGGUACUGGAAAUAAUAUAUGGUCUGGCCUAUAUGUUAUCUCAUCCACUGUAGGCUUUGGUAUUCUACUGGCCUUAAUGGAUAUCUUAUACAUAAAGCCAUACAAGGUAUCUGCCUGGUGGUAUAAAGGGCUUCUUUUUGUUGCAUGCAUGAUUGCAAGUGUUAUAUCCUUUGGGGGUAUUGUGGUUGGUUUAUGGCACCUUUGGGAUAGAAGAGCUUCCUCACAGGAUAAAGAUGAUGUCGCCAAAAUAAAGCCUGAUUCUGAACAGCAUGAUGGAAUUCUGGUCCACAAGGAAUCAAAUCAGAAUUAUCUUGAGAGUUCAACCAUUCUUAAGUAUGGUUCCAGACCAGACUUUGAAGAAAUAUUUGGAUCUCUAUGCAAGAAAUGGGGGCAUGUUGAUGUGGGGGUUAUGGUAUGUGGUCCUCCAAACCUUCAGUCAAGUGUUGCGAAAGAAAUCAGGUCACAGAAUGUAAGGAGGGGACGCCAUGAUCCAAUUUUCCAUUUCAACAGCCAUAGUUUUGAUCUGUAACAUCCACAACAAGAUUAUCUCCUUACGGUAGUUGCGUAAAAGGGUCAUCAUAUACAUAGAAGAAUAUCAUAUACAUAGAAGAAUAUAGAUGUAGUAUGUAUCUAUGUAAUGUAAGUAUAUGUGUGUCCUAGAGAGCUGUGCAUAUAAAUGUAUAUACUAUAUAGGGAGAAAGGGACCUAAAAGCCAUGACUUGGUGAUGAGAAAUGGCAUUGCUUUUCUCUAUUUCUAUUAAAUGUUGGUAGUCAAGAUUUACGUCCGCUGUUUUCCUCUCGGUUCUCAGAGUCGUUGUGUUGAGGUGUGUUUUUUUUUUUUUUUAAAUGGUAAAUAUUGGUGAUUUUUAAAUAGAAAUUGAUAAAGUUA